AUGGACAAAAACGAUACCCCCGGGCUUGGCGGGCAAGUGCGAAGGGAGAUCCCGGAACUGCCCAGUGAUUUAUCUUUUGAGGAGUUAAGAAAUAGGUUCGAUAGUAGCGCUGCGGUAAGGAAGGAAAUUAUGUCGAAUCCGGCCACCCAUGGUAGCGCCACCCGACAGAUUGUGAGUGGCAAGCUGUUUAAGAAGUGCAAAAGUGCGACUUUUCAGAUAGAUGGCGCUACGUAUACUAUAGAGGUAGCGUAUGAUGUGAUGAUGCGGCGAGGCAAAGCGUUGUUGGAGGGCAGCCGGCAGGGGUCUGUAGAUGGUAACAGUAACCUGGCUAAUGAUAAGGAAUUGGUGCACAAAUGCCAUAGCGAUCCUGGUGGUGGUAGAGCCUUGGGCGCAGCUCCUAGGGCGCAUAGACACAGAUCGGUGUCCGGAGCUUUGAGGAAAUGCGUCCUUACUCUAGAUGGCUAUUCAUACGUAAUAGGUACGUGUUUGUUUGCAGAUAUUUUGCAUUUGCUUAUAUGUACUGUGUAUAUUGGUAGGUCUGGUUUAGAC